UAGUCUUGCAACGAUUGGGGUACUUUCAAUGCUUUCGCAGUUAUUUACCCAAGAUUUUCGUUUAGAUCGUCUUAGUUCUCUGUUAUAUUCGGUUAGAAUGCUUCUGUAUUUAGACCAAUCCGAAUUAAUUUAAGCUUUUUUUUUGUUUUGCGAAGCAGCUCGAGCCUUUUGUUCCACCAAAGAACGUUUCAUGUCGAAGAGACUCUCUUUAGUGGACCAUUACUGUUAUAGACAGAAACUAUCGUAUCAUUUAAUUCUUCUGAGGGUGAUUCGAGCUGUUCAAUCGACCUUAUUCUUGUAGUAAUAAUUUUUGACUCGAGUUCAAGUGAAUAUCUCUCCCAGUUGCUUUUUUAGGAUAACGAUAUUCUCUCUGUGCUGUCAAACCACCAUCCCAUACGAAAAUAAUGUGUCUGUGAUCAUACAAACAUGCCAGUUGUGUGUUUUAUCAGAAAUUACCGGACUGCACAGUGUCAGCUCCAGGACUUCUUGUCUGAUAGCGUUUAUAAACGUUGAUUCAUUGCCUAUAUUGGCAAUGUCAAUGUUGUUUGAAUAGAGAAAUUCUAAAAGACAUUCACCUCGACUGUUUAUGUCAGUACUAUCCCACAAAGUGUGAUGAGCGUUGACAUCACAGCCGAUGAUGAAGUCUUUGUUGAUUUCUCUCCAGUAAUUUACGAUCGCCGCAACCUCUCAAUAGAUGCACAGAUCGGCCCUUGUCAAUGUCCCUGAUUAUUUUUUCGACAGUCCGGAUAUCUACGCUUGUUUUAAAAUAUUUUUCUCUGAGAGAUCAUUUUUUUUUAUCUGUAUUAUAGUGACUUUCAACUCAUUUGGCUGGUUCGUCACUUCUACUUCCAUUUUUGGAAGAAUGUCGGGAGUGAGAAUUGAACUCGUGACCUUGAGCGUGAGAGGCAUGGAUGUUACCACUACGCCAGAUCGCCUCCAGAGAUCAUUUUGUCCGGUAAGUCUCUGUCAGUCAUCUAUGAUUGAAGUGACAUUCUUGCUCAUGUGACCGUCGACAGAAAUGCGGACACAGUGGCCUAUCUAUCAUUCUUCAGCUGGCACAUGAGAAUCACGCAAUCUGUUAGUAAUGUAACAAAACAUUAAUGGCUUUGGUGAUUUCCGAAAAGCACGUGAAUUGCGUAAGACUCUCAACGCACAACGAACUCUUUUUUGAAUGCAAGACUUUCAUGUAGAGCGAGACGCAUUUAAACUAAAACCGAAACGUAAACCGAGCCAUGCCAUCUGUCUGCAUAUGCCUUCUGUGUGCACAAGUGCCAAGUGGAAAAUUCUCCUCACUUCAGCGCAGCUCAUUUCCACCUCGAAGUAACUACUAUCGUAGGCUCACACUCAGUUCGGCCACUCGCCCAUCUCCCUGGUAAAGGGUCACACUUUUCCAAAGCCAUGUUAUCCUGUGCACUUCUAGUGUUGGCGAUGAUCGUCCGACAUACGGUCGGUUGGCCAAUUGUGAAUGGUAAGGCUGCACCGAACCCGGACCAGUUUCGGUUUGCUGUUUCUCUGCAGCGUCACGCCCAGAGGACGGACGGCAAACUGAAGCACUUUUGCGGUGGAACCUAUAUCGGUCGGGGGUGGAUUUUGACCGCCAAUCAUUGUGUGGUGGGGUUCGAAACGAGCUCAAUAUUUGCACAAAUCGGAGGACAAUCGCUGAAUAAUGUUUCAGAGCACGCUACCGUGUAUAAAAUAGACGAGAAGAUCAUCUAUCCGGAUUACAAUCGUGUCACGUUGGCAGGAGAUAUCGCCUUGCUUCGUGUAGCCGAAGCCGAGGGUGCAAAAUAUCACGAUCGUAGUCUUCCUGUGGCGGCAGCCAAUUCAAACCACAGCGCGUUGAAUCUGCUCAGUGGUCGAGAACACUACGAGGCUACGAGUGGUCAGUGGGAAUCGGAAGAAUGUCACAUCUUCGGCUAUGGAUCGUCCAGCUACAACGGUGCCGGUCACUCCACGCUGCAAUACGGUCCGGUACGAUGGUUAGACCACAGAUCGUGUGUCCGUAUGCUGGGACCAGUCGUGGCACCAGUAGCUCCCAACAGGGGGAUGUUUUGUGCGAUUGGUUUGGCCGAUGCGUGUAAAGGCGAUUCCGGUGGAGGGCUGGUGUGCCGUCAAAAGAUAGCCAAUAAGUUGACACCAUAUACGCUUCGUGGUAUUAUCUCCUACGGGGCAGGAUGUGGAGUCCCUGCGUCGCCCGGAGUUUACACCGAUGUUGGAUAUUAUCGAGUGUGGCUCGAUCGAUUUAUCUCCAUGUAAAAUUGAAUGGCUGUGAUAAAAGUUUAAUCAAGAUUACCAUUAACAGCAAACUAUUGUACAAAAAUAAACUAGUCUGAAUAUUUCGUCGUCGACAUACAGUUAAAAUGCAAUCAUUUGAGUGGGUUACCAGUCUCUCGUCAGUUGAACAAUUGUUUCGGGUUUUUUUUCAUUCACGAUUUUUCCAACCGCUCGUCGCGUUCGGUUGCACCAGCUGGUUCGCUCUCUUCCUGUUUGGCGUGAUCCUUGAGGACAGCGUCUUUCGUUUCCGGAUGGAGCAGCGUGAGUGCGCAAGCCGCCAGCACUGAGAAGCCACAGAUCGUCGUCGGAAUCCACCAGGCCAGUUGGCCGAGCAAAUCGACGAUGUACGGCGCGGCAAUCGAUCCAACGUGAGCCAUCGUCGAGCAGAUGCCGAGCGCCGUGUUUCGAAUUUCCGUGGGAAAAAGUUCUGCCGUGUGGAGCGUGACCACCGCAUAGACGGCUGUGAUACCCAGUCGACCUAACAUGGCCAACGUGACGACGAUUGCGGUACUUUCCUUGGGCACUGCAAGCACCACCAGCAAGCAAAUACCAGCGUAUAGGAAGAAACAGAACGAUGUGCUCUUGCGGCCGAAGUAGGCUAGCGCUAUUAUCGACAGUAUAUAGGCGAUUAUGUCCACGGAUCCGGUUGUCGCGACGUAUAUGUUGCGGUUAGCGGCGAAAUUAUCCGCGUUGAGGGCUAAAACAUGGGAAAAAAGGCUCUAGCCUUAUUAAAAUUUUAAAGAUUGAAAAAUCGGCCACUAACCUGUUACAUAGUAACAAAGCGAUGUGACACACCACGUGAAGUGGCAUAUCAGAGCCCGCCGGCAAAGCGUUGGUGUCCCGUACAGCUUCCCGAACUCACUGAACGAUCGCUUCAAACGCGCGCCCAGCGCCAGCUUCGAGGAUUCUUCUCCCUCCUCCGCCACAGGUUUACGUUCCAUCUCACUAUCGCACAGCUCCUGGGGUGCUUUACGGCCGAAAACCAUCCGAUAGGCCCGCCGUUCGCGUCCCUUGCUGAGCAGCCAACGGGGCGACUCCACGAGGAAGCUGAGAAAAGCGUGAAAAUGUUAGAACAACGCCUGUCUGCACAACAGUCAUACUCACUAGAGAUGGAUAACCAACAGGAAGGAUGGAAUCGUCAGGGCUAGCGAGAGAUCACGCCAUGGUUGGAUCAAAUAAGCAGCCAAUGCCAGAAUCAACAUGCCAAUCGGGUAGGAGAAAUUGAAUGCGAUGCUCAUCCAGGAACGGUGCCGAUUCCCGAUGUUCUCGGUUACUACAGUUAAACACAAAGGAAAAUAAUUACAAUCAAUCAUCCCUCUCACCGUGAUGCUCCCUUGUAUCAAUUAGUACAUAAUUUCGCCCAUUUGACAUAAAAUACCGUAUUUCACCGUUCCCGGAAUGAAUCGCUGCAGAAAACGACUGCAACAGAAACACCACUCAGAAAAAGUGUAGUAGGCUAGGUAGAUUUUUUUCGCGAUGACACCAGAUCUCGACAUUUAAUGCAUUUUUAAGUAAUUUGUCAUAAAAAAAAUCGAUUUUCAAAUUUACAUUUGUUUUACAUAGCUAAAUAAUAUAAUAUAACAAGC